GCCUUCGAACCAUAUUCGAUCCCAGAGAAAUGCCGAUCCAAAACAUCAUCGGAAAGCUCAAAACUAUCAAAAGUCUUCACCCGCCAAAACCAUAUCUUCAAAUCGUUAAUGCCAUUUCGAAAACUCCCAUGUUUUCACCUCCAAAAACCAUGGACACCACCGCCAUUUCCUUCCUCUCCCAUCUCGACCUCAACUCUUUACACCUCAUUCUCUCCGACCCAAAUGUCCGAUCCUCCGUAUGUUUCAAAUUCUUCAACUUUCUCGUCAAAAACCGAUCUUUUGUCUCCGUCAAGCCCGAUCUUCAAGCCCAUUUGACCCUCAUUUCCAGGCUUCUCAAAUCGAGAAACUUCUCCCAAGCAGAGAAUCUCUUGAGGUCAGUGUCGGUCGGUGAAAAUUGUGACUACCCAUUUCCUGUUAUUGCUUCUACGGUUUAGAUUGUCUGCAAUGAAGCGAGAAUCAAAGCCAAGUUUUUUAAUAUGGUGCUUAAAGUUUAUUCGGAUAAUGGCCAUUUUGAUAGAGUUUCGGAGGCUUUUGAUUACAUGAAGAGUAACGGCAUUGAGAUUGACGAGAGGACUUGUACUGUGCAUUUGCUCGCUCUUAAAAGAGCUGAUAAGGUUCAAAUGAGCUUAGAUUUUUUGUAUCGAAUGGUUGGAAUUGAAUCCAACAUGAAGGUUUCUGAGUAUUCUUUAAGUGUUGUGGUUGAUGGGUUCUGUAGAAUUGGAGAGAUUAAAAGGAGUAGGGAGUUAGUAGAGGAGAUGAUUGAUAAAGGCACAAAACCAAAUGUUGUGACAUUUAACAUAAUGUUGAAUGCUUGUGCUAAGAGAUGGAGCUUUGGGGAAAUGGAUUUGGUCAUGCUUUUGAUGACAAAGGAAGGUGUGGGAUUCAACACCAACACUUACAAAAUUUUGAUUGAUGGAUUCACUAGCUCCAGUAGAGUUAAAGAAGCCCAAAGUUUGGUGGAGGAGAUGCAUGAUAAAGGACUAAAAGUUGAACCCCACUUGUGCAAUUUGAUUAUUAGUAGCUUUUGUAGAGUGGGUUGUACGGAAAGUGCAUGUUUGUUAUUUGAUGAAAUGGCUGAGAGAAAUGUGUCCCAAAAUGCCGAUACGUACUCGGCUAUAAUAUGUGGUCUUGCCAAGAAUGGAGAGAUGGGGAAGGCAAUGGAAUAUGUGAGGGAGAUGCAGGACAAGGGAAUUGAACUCGACGGCGUUAUGUUCAAUACCUUAAUCGAUGGUUUUUGCGAGAAAGGGAUGAUCCGAAAAGCUUAUGACUUGCAACUUGUGAUGGAGAUGAGAGGUUUGAGUGCUGAUGUAUCUGUGACUAACAAGAUAGCAAUUGGGUUGUGUAAGUUGAAUCAAGUUACAGAGGCAAAGAAGCUGUUGAAUUUGAUGGUCAAAAGGAGUGCGACUACUGAAUUGGCGAGCUUCUCGUCCUUGGUCAAUAUUCAAAACGAAGAAGAGGGUUUUAUGAAUGUGGAAGCUAAAGUUUACCGAUAAAGCAAGACUUACGACGUCCAGCUUCGCAGAUUGAUGAUCAACUAAAAUAGAGAAUGCUGCAAGUAUAACCCGCAUGUUGGUGAAUUUCAUCAAUGUUUUGAAGCUUGUCAAUAACUUUAAUAGCAAGCAAGUCUUAUUUUGAACUGAAAGGAAUGGUUGAUUAGGCUGCUUCGUGUAAUACUUUUUAAGAUUCUCAGCUGGCUCCGCCACUGACAGCUAUUUGGAA